GGAGGGAGGGAGGGGAGGCCGCGCCGCCAUGGCCGAUCCGCCGGGCGCCGCCGCGCUGGCCCGGGACGUGCGCGAGCAGCUGGCCGAGCUGGAGCUGGAGCUGUCGGAAGGGGACAUCACGCAGAAGGGAUAUGAGAAGAAAAGAGCGAAGCUGCUGGCUCCUUACAUCCCACAAGCUCAAGGGGUCGAUCCUGCUUUGCAAAAGGAACCCAGAAAUCAGACGCCUGCUCCAUCUGCCGCUCCAGCACCAUCCACAUCCAAGUAUCAUCGAGCUCGCUCUGGAGGAGCCAGAGAUGAACGCUAUCGCUCAGAUAUCCACACAGAGGCCGUUCAGGCAGCACUGGCAAAGCAUAAGGAACAGAAGAUGGCCCUGCCCAUGCCAACUAAGAGACGGUCCACAUUUGUACAGUCGCCAGCUGAUGCCUGCACACCUCCAGACACAUCUUCUGCAUCCGAGGACGAGGGGUCACUAAGGCGCCAGGCUGCUCUUUCUGCUGCAUUGCAUCAGAGCUUACAGAAUGCUGAGUCUUGGAUCAACCGAUCUAUUCAGGGGUCAUCCACAUCUUCAUCUGCAUCUUCUACACUGUCCCAUGGAGAAGGAAAAGGGACCAGUGGGUCACUAGCUGAUGUAUUUGCCAAUACUCGAAUAGAGAAUUUCUCCGUUCCCCCUGAUGUCACUGCAACUACCUCCACAUCCUCUUCCUCAGCACGCCCAGCAACUAUUGACCUUCCUCCUUCAGGAAUUGUCAAAGGCAUGCACAAAGGGUCUAACCGGUCUAGUCUCAUGGACACUGCUGAUGGNGUCCCUGUAAGCAGCAGAGUCUCCACAAAAAUUCAGCAGCUACUCAACACUCUGAAGCGACCAAAAAGGCCACCCCUGAAGGAAUUUUUUGUGGAUGAUUUUGAAGAAAUCGUGGAAGUCCCGCAGCCUGACCCAAACCAGCCCAAGCCAGAGGGACGGCAGAUGACCCCUGUAAAGGGAGAGCCUCUGGGAGUUGUAUGUAAUUGGCCUCCUGCCUUAGAAGCAGCGCUGCAGCGCUGGGGAUCCACACAGGCCAAGUGCCCUUGUCUGACUGCACUGGAUGUUACAGGAAAACCAGUCUAUACCCUGACGUAUGGCAAAUUGUGGAGCAGAAGCCUUAAGCUGGCCUACACGCUGCUUAAUAAGCUGGGGACCAAAAAUGAACCUGUGCUAAAGCCUGGAGACAGGGUAGCCCUUGUUUAUCCCAACAAUGACCCGGUCAUGUUCAUGGUGGCGUUUUAUGGCUGUCUGCUAGCAGAAGUGAUCCCAGUGCCUAUAGAGGUACCUCUUACCAGAAAGGAUGCUGGAGGUCAGCAGAUUGGCUUCUUGUUGGGAAGCUGUGGCAUCGCUUUGGCUCUCACCACAGAAGUGUGUCUGAAGGGGCUGCCAAAAACCCAGAACGGGGAAAUCGUGCAGUUUAAAGGUUGGCCCAGGCUCAAAUGGGUUGUGACAGACUCAAAGUAUCUUUCCAAGUCACCAAAGGACUGGCAGCCCAACAUCUCAGCUGCAGGAACUGAGCCAGCUUAUAUUGAGUACAAGACCAGCAAGGAAGGCAGCGUGAUGGGCGUGACAGUGUCUCGAAUUGCCAUGCUGUCUCAUUGUCAGGCUCUGUCUCAGGCCUGCAACUACUCAGAAGGUGAAGCCGUAGUGAAUGUUCUGGAUUUCAAGAAGGAUGCAGGGCUCUGGCAUGGCAUACUGACGAAUGUAAUGAACAAGCUGCACACCAUCAGCGUGCCCUAUUCUGUGAUGAAAACCUGCCCCCUCUCGUGGGUGCAGCGAGUUCACGCUCACAAAGCAAAGGUGGCUUUAGUGAAAUGUCGUGACCUGCACUGGGCCAUGAUGGCUCAUCGGGACCAAAGAGAUGUCAGCCUGAGUUCCCUGCGGAUGCUGAUUGUAACGGAUGGUGCAAACCCCUGGUCUGUUUCUUCAUGUGAUGCUUUCCUGAGUUUAUUUCAGAAUCAUGGGCUUAAACCUGAAGCAAUUUGUCCAUGUGCCACAUCUCCAGAAGCAAUGACUGUAGCAAUUCGGAGGCCUGGUGUCCCUGGGGCACCGUUACCUGGAAGAGCCAUCCUGUCCAUGAAUGGGCUGAGUUACAGCGUGAUCCGUGUAAACACGGAAGACAAAAACUCUGCUCUCACCGUGCAAGAUGUUGGCCACGUGAUGCCUGGAGGAAUGAUGUGCAUCGUGAAACCUGAUGGGCCGCCCCAGCUCUGUAAAACGGACGAGAUUGGUGAAAUCUGUGUUAGCCUCCGAGCAGGAGGGAUGAUGUAUUACGGACUGGCUGGGGUGACAAAGAACACGUUUGAGGUCAUCCCUGUGAAUUCGGCUGGUUCUCCAGUGGGUGAUGUGCCAUUCGUCCGCUCAGGCUUGCUGGGGUUUGUUGGGCCUGGUAGCUUGGUGUUUGUGGUUGGAAAAAUGGAUGGAUUGCUGACAGUUAGCGGACGCAGACACAAUGCUGACGACAUUGUAGCAACUGGGUUGGCUGUUGAAUCAAUAAAGACAGUCUACAGAGGAAGGAUUGCUGUAUUCUCAGUCUCUGUGUUUUAUGACGAGCGGAUUGUGGUGGUGGCAGAACAGCGGCCGGACGCUUCUGAGGAGGACAGUUUCCAGUGGAUGAGCCGAGUGCUGCAGGCAAUUGACAGCAUUCACCAAGUCGGUAUAUAUUGCCUUGCUCUGGUACCAGCCAACACGUUGCCAAAAACUCCACUUGGAGGGAUUCAUCUCUCUCAAACCAAACAGCACUUUUUGGAGGGUUCACUGCACCCCUGUAACAUCCUCAUGUGCCCGCACACGUGUGUGACCAACUUGCCAAAACCCAGGCAGAAACAACCAGGUGUUGGCCCUGCUUCUGUGCUGGUGGGGAACCUGGUUGCUGGGAAGCGUAUUGCUCAGGCCUCUGGGAGAGACCUUGGACAAAUAGAAGACAACGAUCUGGUUAAAAAGCACCAGUUCCUGACGGAGGUGUUACAGUGGAGAGCUCAAGCAACCCCUGAUGUUCCUCUCUUGCCUGUCAAGGGAACCAUAGUGUGCACAGCCACCUGUGUCCAACUGCACAAACGAGCAGAGAGAAUUGCAUCACUGCUGUGCGACAAGGGACAUCUCAAUGCAGGAGACAACGUGGUGCUGCUCUAUCCUCCUGGCAUUGAGCUGAUUGCUGCCUUCUAUGGCUGUUUGUACACUGGGUGUGUUCCUGUGACCGUUCGACCACCUCAUGCUCAGAACCUCGCUGCCACUCUGCCCACUGUGCGAAUGAUCGUAGAAGUCAGCAAAGCUGCCUGCAUUCUCACGACUCAAACAUUAAUGAGACUGCUGAAGUCCAGAGAGGCAGCUGCUGCUGUGGAUGUGAAAACCUGGCCAACCAUCAUUGACACAGAUGACUUGCCCAGGAAGCGGCUACCUCAGAUCUAUAAACCACCCACACCAGAAAUGCUGGCAUACCUGGAUUUUAGCGUGUCCACAACAGGCAUGCUCACAGGGGUGAAGAUGUCCCACUCGGCAGUGAGUGCCCUUUGCAGGGCAAUAAAGCUCCAGUGUGAGCUCUACUCCUCUCGGCAGAUUGCCAUUUGCCUGGAUCCAUACUGUGGGCUCGGCUUUGUGCUCUGGUGCCUUUGCAGUGUGUACUCUGGUCACCAGACCAUCUUAAUUCCUCCUAUGGAGUUGGAAUCCAAUCUGUUCCUCUGGCUCUCCACUGUCAGUCAGUACAAAAUCAGGGACACUUUCUGUUCCUAUUCAGUCAUGGAGUUGUGCACAAAGGGACUUGGGAAUCAGGUCGAAAUGUUAAAGGCAAGAGGAAUUCAUCUGUCCUGUGUCCGGACCUGUGUGGUGGUUGCAGAGGAGCGGCCACGAGUCUGUCUGACCCAGUCCUUCUCCAAGCUCUUCAAAGACAUUGGCCUGUCUUCACGUGCUGUCAGCACCACCUUUGGGUCGAGAGUCAAUGUAGCCAUCUGUUUACAGGGAACCUCUGGGCCUGACCCCACCACAGUGUAUGUAGACCUGAAAUCAUUAAGGCAUGACAGAGUGCGAUUAGUAGAGAGGGGAGCUCCACAAAGCUUGCUGCUUUCAGAGUCCGGGAAGAUUUUACCUGGAGUCAAAGUGGUCAUAGUCAAUCCUGAGACCAAAGGGCCUGUUGGAGAUUCUCAUCUUGGAGAGAUUUGGGUGAAUAGUCCGCAUACAGCCAGUGGCUACUACACCAUCUACGAUAACGAAACCCUCCCAGCUGAUCAUUUCAACACUCGCUUGAGCUUUGGUGAUGCUGCUCAGACACUUUGGGCUCGAACUGGAUACCUUGGCUUUGUUCGCCGGACGGAGCUCACAGCUGCCAGUGGAGAGCGCCAUGAUGCACUGUAUGUUGUAGGAGCUCUGGAUGAAACUUUGGAGCUGAGAGGACUGCGUUAUCAUCCAAUUGAUAUAGAGACCUCAGUUUCGCGAACACACAGGAGCAUUGCUGAAUGUGCUGUAUUCACAUGGACCAACUUGCUUGUGGUAGUUGUGGAGCUGUGUGGCUGUGAACAGGAAGCCCUGGAUUUAGUCCCUCUGGUUACCAAUGUGGUUCUGGAAGAACAUUAUCUAAUUGUGGGAGUGGUGGUGGUGGUGGAUCCAGGAGUGAUUCCUAUCAAUUCCAGAGGAGAGAAGCAACGGAUGCAUCUCCGUGACAGUUUCCUGGCUGAUCAGUUAGACCCCAUCUAUGUGGCUUACAACAUGUAGCCUGGGGGUGGAGGGAAAUGUUCACAAACUUCACAGGGCCACCAGAAUGGCCAGUGGUGUCUGUAGAAAUUAAGCUGGUGAAAAAGUACUAAUACUUGAUUGAGUUUACUACCCUAUUUCCUUCAUCUCAUCCUGUGGGAUUAUGAUUGCAUCAACAAGAGGAAAUAUGGUAGCCAAUGGAAAAUGUUUGUAACAGUUUACUGAACAUUAUUAGCUUUACAGACAAUGCAAAGUUGACAGGCGUGAGCUACAAAAUUCCUAAGGCCUUUACAGUAGUGUUACUUUUUUCAUUUGUUGUACAUAUUUGUAUUUUUAUCUAAUACUGUUUUAGGAUUAUAUAAGGGGAGGUUUAUUUAGUUAGAUAAUAAACUAUUAAGAAAUGGGUCAUCAGAGUCCUGCAGUUCCCCAGUAUAUAACAUACUUUGCAAUGUACUGUAGGUGUUCAUUCCAUGGGAUCACACUGCUUAUUUAAAAUUGUGCCAUGACCAAAUCAAUGACUCACUGAAUCUACGAAUUACUUAUUCAUAUAGAUAUUUCUUGAAUUUAAAAUAAUUUUACAUAUAUUUUAAAUAUGUAAAUAUGAAUAUACACAAUUCACUUAAAAUCAGCUUGGGUAACGAUGGCAUUUGAAGUAGAGGCAUUGAAGGACUGUACUUUUUUUAAGUCCUUACUCUAAUUACAUUUGGUCAGGCAACUAACAUGAGAAAUGCAGAUCUUAUGCAAGUUUUCUUAAUUCAGUAUGUAGUCUGUUUGUUAUUUCUGGCCAGAAUGUGUCAUUGCAUAUAGAAAACUAUGAUUUUAAGGCUCACCUUUCUAAAAGAGGCUGAAGUAUUUAAAUUGUAAAAACCAUUACAGUGAAACUCCACAGUGCUUAACAGAAGCUGGUGACCAUCUCUGCUUCUAGCCAUUCUAGAGUUUUGUGUUAAAAGCACAACAAAAAUCUAAGAUAAUGACACAAAUUGACACACAGGUGAAUUCACUGUUGGGAGUGAACCUAUCUUUAAUCUAUUCCAUUGUGUGCAUGCAGGUAUAGCAGCAAAUGCAAUUCGUACAGAAAACUUUGUUUAAACUGGAAAUACCAAGAAAUACCAUUCCUUAAGGCAUUCACCAAAAUGAAUUUAUGUUUCUGGUAUGGAUAUCAACUAAAAUCAGCAGAGUGGAGUUUUUUGUGUUUUUGGUUGGUGGUUGUUUGUUUGUUUUUUUAAAUAAGAGGAACAACAGAGGGCAGAGAAAGCAGUUGCCUUGAAUAUAUGGUGAAAUAUCUAUAGUAAAGUCAUUACAGCAUCCAAAAUAGUUGGUCAAUUUCCGGCCUGCGUAAACACCGAAAAGCAGAAGCCUCGAAGCGUAUAGGAACGCUGGCUGUUCGCAAACUCUUUGCAGUCCUUGGUGCAUGGGGCUAAGGAGAUGACAAGGGUCAGCUUCAACUCAGAGUUGUUUCUUUUGUCUAAUCUUUAACAGCCUUUGAAUAUAUUUAAAGUCCCUGUUUUUUUGCUCCUCCCUCUGCCCCCUCCAUUUAUGAAGGGACAAAAGGGUUUGGAAGUACAUGAGAUACCAGAUACUGUAAUUGCUCUUUUGGACCAAUUGUGGUCUGUUAUGUACAUAUUUAAUAAGGAUAUUUUAAUAGCAUUAUUUACCUCCAUUUUAAUAAGUACACAAUGUUUUCAGGCAACUUUUAAAGGUUUAUCAUGUCAACAUGGAUAAAUCCUUAACUAUAACAGUAGAUUUAUUAAGUGCAGCUUUGACAGCCAUCUGUAAACAAAUUCCAGUUUUAUCGUUGAAAAACUGAUACACGCUAACAGUUUACUGGAGGUCUGAAAUUAAGAUAAAAAACUCCAAAUAUAUGUUUAAAAAUGUCGGAUUAAGUUUUUUGUAUCUUCGUAUAUCUUCAAAUACUAAGGCAAGUCUUUCAUCAGGGAGAAAGGAGAGUUCUUUGCAAACACUGGAGCUACAAAUUUACAUUUCUGAAGAGUUAAUAUUUCAAAGUCUAGACACUUAACAGGAGAUCUUCAUGGAUAUAUUAAAACAUUGGUAUUUCCACAAUGUCAUGCUGCUAUAUAGACGUUAAGAGUGUGUGAAGCCUCCAUAUAAAUCUGAUUUUAACUAACUGCCUGGAAAAGUGAAGAAAUUGACACUUCUAUCUGCUGAUGAUACAGAAUUAAUGCUAGUGUAGCUCCUUUACGUAACAGCAUAUAAAACUUGCUCAAGUACUACAGCUCCAUUUGACAGAAAAUCUCUUCUUCACACAUCACUUUCUCUCGCAUAGCAAGCAUGACUUGCAAUGCAGCCUUGUGUAGUUUGUUCUACAUUUAAGAAACAAUGCUGAGAAGCUGUUUAACUUGUUAAUAUCCUAGUCAUGUAACUUUUUAAAUGACUUGUUUUGACAGGUUGAAAUCUUAAACUAUUGAAGGUGGACUCUACCACAUUUUGGAAUUUUUCAGUGUGAAGUUCUCUUUUGAGUGCUGAAAAAUUCCAUGAUUUCGCUGUUUUGUUGGGUUUUUUCUCUCGCUCUCCUUUUUUUGUAAUUAAGUCUUCUGAGUUUAGCAUGUGAUUGUAUUCUGGCUCAAUAGAUUACUGUAACUAGGAAGUCAUGUAUUAGAAUUGUCAGUUAUGGUCUUUGCCCCCACCAUUGCCCGUAAUGCUCCAAUUGUGUUUACAAUUCAGUAGCAUAUAGAAAGAAGAUGGUCACCUUUGAUAAUGUUGGAUGCUUCUGAGCCUGUUCAGCAUAAAGCAGUGUUUCCAAGAGGAAGUCCUGCAUUCUAACCGUACCUCUGCUGCCACUGACUUGCUGUGUGGCCUUUGUCAAAUAAUUUCACUGCCUUUGUUUCCUCAUCUGUAGGUGAGAAUAUUAUCUAAUCCUUACAACAUCCCUGUGAGGUAACUAGUUGUACAGCACUAAGUGCUCAGAAAUAUUCACUAAUGGCCUCCUUGAGGUUGGGAAUAAAGUGAUGCCCUUCCAAACUGAUUAAUGAUUCAUUUGGUUAAUUUUUGGAGAGCAUUAAAAGAGAGAAACAAUUCACCAUAAAGCAUUUCCUUGCUAUGAUAGGGAAUUCUUUCCUAUGUGAAUGAACAUUUAAUGCAUGUUUGCCUGGCAUAGCAUUGGUCUAUACAAACACACCCUCAAGCUUCAAAAACCUGGCUGAGCCACCAAAGGCACUGGCAUUAGCUAUUCCUGUUCAGAACUGUUUUUUCCUAUCAACAUUGGAUCAAGAAAUGAGUCCAAAGAGAGCAGAUGUGUUCAAAUGUAUGUUUAGCUCUCUACUCUGGUGUCACUUUUUUUAAAGCUCAUCUAAUUGCAGAAGCCAAUUAAACAACUUCCUGUUGUAGUCCAUGCCAUGAAUCUGAGUUAAGAGUUGCAGUGAAUUCUGAGAGCCAGUUACAUUUUUACAGCUUGAACAAGAAGUUUUUCCCCAAAAUGGACAACUACUCCCCUAGCAAAGUUUGUGGCAUAAAAUUACUAUACUCUAAAUUCUGUAUUCUGCUAACACUUGCACUGCAUUUCUGGUUUAGAUAACUGUAAUAAAGAUGGGUCAUCCUAACUGUCCUGGAGAUAAGGUUGUAAAAACAGGAUUAGAAUUUUAGCCCUAAAUAUAAUUUUUUUUAAUUAUUGUCAAUCUAUUUACCAUUGUCAAAUUCAGACUACAGCAUUAUGUAAUUAUGUAUAAAGUUUUUUAUUUAUUUGAAAUUAGAUUAGAUAUACAUUUUUAAAUUUAACAUCUGGCUGGACAGUGUUCCAUUAACGCAUUGAUUGUGUUUCCUUUGUCUUGUGUUAAUAAAUAUUGAUGCCUGAUUGCUUGCUUAGUCCUUCAUAUGCUGUCUCCCUGAAGCUCCCUUAAGAAUUUUGUCAGGAUGUAACACUUGUUACUCAUUUGGUGAACUGGGGAGCUUUGAAAGUAUUCUUGAACAUUUGCAUACACAGACAUAUGUUUGCAAAGCCUGAAUCUUUGAGCAGCUGAGCUCCUUCUACUCCCGCUGAUCAAAAUGCAGGUGCUUUAAGACCUAAAGAACUGGACCAAUAUAUCAUUGCAGGUCAAGAUCCACUCAAGUGGAUGUACAGUCCAAAUAUGAUCUAUUGAUUUUCAAAUGCAUGGUCUGUUUUUAAAGCGUUGAAAAUAGGUUCUCAUUACUUGGCUUCUGCUUAGAACAAUACUGUUUAAACUGGAAUUCCAUGUAAGAGAGGUUUCUGCUAAACUGGUUAAAGAAACAACUGGAAUUUAUUAGAAUCUAUUUUAGACCAUUCUUGUUUACUUUAAGAAUGACCAUGAAACCUUUUGUAUGGAAUUUUCUGAAGUGAUCAGUGUUAACGGUUAAAGAGUUGGGCCAUUGCUGACUGCUGCACAAUCCUACUGAAAUAACUGAAUUGAGAAUAUUCAGCAGAUUGCAGGAUCCCAGUGAUUUAAUAAGGAUACUUCCUCCUGCUGCAAAACUCUGAUGUUUAUAAGAUGUGCAUUUUGAAACGGAGGGUCUUUCACCCCCUUCUUAACAUUUACAGUUUUGCAUCCUAGUUUAUCUAGAAAUGUGUGCCCAUGGAACAUGCUUCACCAGAACAGAAGAGCUGUGUUCCAAGCUCCUUUAUCCUACCUGUGUGGUGCAUCAGCCAUUCGCACAGCCUUUCCAAACACUGAAUAUUCAGCUUCACUGCACUUUGUGAGUACAUUUGUCAAAUAAAGCUUGAGCUGUCAUGCGUUCUGAUUGACAAAGAUGCAUCAUGUAAGUGAACUUUGUUAUGAUUAUGUACUUGGAAGGUGCUCUCAUUAUAUGCAGCCUGAGGACCACAUGUGUUUUUAGCAUCUCUUCCAUGCUUUGUUGAAUUUUAGGAAAUCUGGACUUUUAAAUUUCUUUAAGGCAGCAACUUUGUAUUUUCCCCUAAAUGUCAGUUAAGCCAUAUAGAGGUUUGACUUAGAUGGUUCUAUUAACCGUUAAGGGAAUUUGUUUUCUCACUAAGUAUAACUGACAUCAUUGAACAUUACAGACCCUUCUUCCUUGACUUUGGUGACCCUGUUUAUUCACAAGCCACAUUUUUAUGCCGAUUAUCUCCACUUCUUUAUGUCACUAAAGGGGGAACUCAUUGAUUCACAUACAAGACAAAUAUAGCAAUAAAGUUUGAAAGAAUGUUAUGUUAUUUGUGGCCUUAAUCUUAAGAUUUAGAUGAGGAAUGACACAAGCCUCCAGCCAGCUUUUGUAAUUUUAGCCAGGAUUUGAGUUUGCUGACUAUGGAAAAGCAAUUAUAUAUGGCUUUCCAGUAAGAUGACAAGGUAGGAAGCUUGGCCUUAUCUGAGAUUCAACACUAUAUAAUUUUGCUGUCAGAGUUUAACAAUGGGAAUUGUGUUGAAAGAUGUCAUCUUCAAAUGUCUGUAGACUUAAGAAAUACUUUGGAACAGUAAGAAUAUAAUUAAUAUAUUUUUAUAAACCCAACUUUACCUAGCCAUUGUGCACGUGUGCGCGCACGUGUACACACACACACACACACACACACACACACACACACACACAUUUUUCCAUAAAUUCUAAACAGCAGUCUUACCCUGGUUCCUUGUUUCUGUGUGAAGAAAUACCCUGUCCAGGAAGCGUUUCCUAUACUUUUAGCUUAGUUUAACAUACAACCUAAAUGCAGUAAACAAUUUAUGAUAUUUUUGUAACUUUCUUCCCCAUUUGGGUUCACAAAGAUUUACUCAGUGUUGGUGUUAGAUGGGGGAGUAUAGCUAUGUAAAUAUAGAUGGUAACAAAAUUAAUUUACCAGAGUCCUGAGUCAUGUGGGCAUCCAGUUAAACUGCAAUGGCCAGAACCUGUUAACCUUUUUAUUUUAUUUUUAAUUGUUGCCUUCAUUCCUUUCUAACUUUUAAAUUACACUUUUCAAGAAGUGCGCUUGGGUUAUUUAAUACACUUUAACUAUUGGUAUUUGCAACUCUCAGAGCCACUUAAAUUAAAAUGCCCCCCUCCCUACCUCCUGGAGCAUGUGUAUAAACGCCCAGUGUUUGCAAUAAUUAAUUUAUUUUUCUUAAAAAAUUAUAUAUAUAAAUGGUAUAAACGUGGCUCCAUGUUCCUCAUUCUUUUUUUCUGUAGAGAUAGUAGAGGGUGCAUAUGUGCAAAUCUAUUGCCUAAAAGAUUAAGGUAGUAGUUUAGAAUUAUGGCUUGUUUCAAGAAAUUAAAACUUAAUUUAAAACAAAAUUAAAACUGCAUAUGAAAUGUUAUACCGUAUUUAUAAAUUUAAUCUUAAAAUGGGGAACAUUUCAAGGGUUGCAAAAGUGGAAGAUAAUUGUGUUUUAGAGAUCACUAGCAGCUAUGGUUUUCUAGGACAAAGUGAAUUCCAUACACAAUACUUGUUUUAUUUCACAACUAACAGAUGCUAAUCUUUAUAGUGUUAUAGAGCUGGUCCAAGAGUAGAAGUGUCAUGAACCUUGCCCGUGACCAGCACUAUAAAGAUUAUUACUCUGGAGUUUGCCUCCUGCUAAGUAUAGUGAAAUGAGCAAAAUGGCAGUGUGCCAAGAGACUUUUUCAAUUUGACAGCCUUCCUUACCAGCUAAUUUUCUGGCUGGAGAGACUUCAUUCCUAGCAAGUCUUCAAAAAUUUGGUUUUUCAGCUGUACCUGUACCUACAUGCUCCAGGGAAUAUGAGGGAAAUCUUCAAACUUAUUUAUGGUUUUUUCACAACAGGACUGUAGCACAUAAUGGCCAAACCUUAGGUUUCUGCUGGUUUGGUCACUUUGAAGCUGCAAUCCAACCUCUGCAGCAACCACAUAGCAACAAGCUGAUUUAUAAUUACCUCAAGAGACUAGACAUUUCAAAACCCUAAUGCUUUCUUCUUAAAACAGAAGAAACUUUUACAAUCAAGUUUAUAUAUAAAAUGGUAACACAAGGAAUAUUUUCAUACAAGAUUUUAAUGGAAAUCAUUACUGUCAUGUCAAAUGUAAGCCAAAACUUAAGAGACUUUUUGAAAGGAAGAAAAUUAUUCCCAGUAAAAUAUUUCCAUUGUAUUAAAAUUUUACUGGAGAAUUUUUUAGAAAACAAACCUGCCUCUCUACUAAUACAAUACCACAUAAUGUUAGUAUAGGAAAAUAAAGUUACUCAAAACUGAAUAGGUGAAACUGAUUAGACAUUGAUUAGUUUUGAAACUCAGACAAUGAAAAUGUAAGCAUUUUGGUAUAUCUUGUUAAAGCAAGUGUUUUAAAAAACUACAAAAAAUUAAAAGUGGAAAGUGUUCAUAAAUCAAUUCCUGUGAAAUGUUUGAAUAUAUUAAAUAUCAAACUAAUAUAAAUAUAAAAUACAAAAGUGGAAAGAUGUCGCUCUUCAAGGUUCUGAUGACAUCAGUAUGAGACCUUUGCUGUCAUGGCUACCCUGUUAUCACUGGAAUUCUUUUGAUUUGCGCGUAGCCGGAAGCUGUAUACUGUGUGGUUUAUGUAUGUACAAAGUACAAGUCAUUUACCCUCUAUGCAAUGUAACUAAAUCUCAUUUAAGAGCCUGACUGAUACUCAUUGAAGUCACUGGAAAGAUUCCCACUGACUUCAGUGAUUAGUUGGAUCACGCUUAUCCUGCUUCCAUUACAGUAAAUGGCUAAACUCUGACUAGGACCCAAAAUGUAGCUGUGAAAGGAUCACUGUGAAGAGAAAGGGAACAUUACCUGUUAAGUACUGUACAGCUUUUACUUUUAGUUCUCAUUCACUCUUGAAAUAUUUGUGUAGAUAAAAAUGGUAAUCUAUACUUGCGUUUCAUCCUGAGAUUAUCAAGAACUCUAGCCAAGAGAUAUUGCAACAUUUACAAGUUUGAUCUUUACUCUUAAUGUAAGCUGCAGUUAUUAUGCGGUGAGGCUAACAUUAAACUUUGUCCAUUUUCGGUGGUAUAACUUUUUAUUUUAACCCGUACUGAAAUAAUGCUAAUGUAAAAAAACCCCCAAAAGUAGCACGAAUUGCUUAAAAUUACACGUUUUAUUACAGACAUGCAAAUAUACCAGUCUAAUGGACAUAAGAUAUUUUUGCUUUGGUAUGUUACUCUAAUUAAGCUGUGCUGGGAUUGAGUUAACCACUGCUAUAUAUUACAUACAAGUUUUGUGACAGUAUUCAAUGUUUGCUUUAUUCACGUCUGUUUUGUACAUUGAUUCCAUUUUUCAUAUUUCAGUUGCAAAAUAAAAUUAAAUGCUUUUA